AUAAAUUUAGAUUGGCAAUUAAUUAGCUGCAAUUGAAUGCAGAUCCAUUGUCGGAGAAAAGGAGAAAGAAUUUCUGUGUUCCACGAGACGAAUGCUUCUCGGAGAUAAAGCAGCUGACUUUCUCCGCAAAGACUCUCCACUCGGUUUUGCAAACAUUAGCACCUUCCUUGGGGACAGUAAUGGACGAUAAAGACCUGGGAUUUCCUUAAUUCACAGCGAUUGAUUCUCUUUUCAGCGAAGGUGUGGAUCUGCCUCCCAUUGGAAACGAAGGCUUUCUCAGAACAAUUCUUCCUCGUGUCGUCAAAGCUAUUGCCGAUACUGGAGGAGAUGUUUUGCGCUUUGAGACCCCUGAAGCCUUAACCGGGAUAAGUUUUUCUGGUUUAGCGGCGAGGAAUUUGCAAGGCAGACCCUUGCUGGACUCAACCCUUAUAGCAUACGCUUGAUCAGGUUUGGUGAAACUUAAUCAUCAUGCACGAAUGGCCAUUAAAGAGUAGACUUGAUCCUGAGAUAUAUGGUCCAGGAAUCACUACACAAAUGAUAAAUCAAGAGAUUGGAGGCAUAAUGACUGUCGAUGAGGCCAUGAAGAAAAAGAAGUUGUUCAUCUUAGAUUACCACGACCUUUUGUUACCGUUUGUUAAAAGAGUAAGACAGAUUAAAGGGACAACACCAUAUGGAUCACGAACAAUAUUCUUCCUAAACCCAGAUGGCACAUUGAGACCAUUGGCCAUCGAGCUCACCCGACCACCAAUGGAUGAUAAACCCCAAUGGAAGCAAGUUUUCACACCCUGCAGUUGGCAUUCUUCUGGUGUGUGGCUAUGGAGGAUUGCCAAAAUUCAUGUUCUUGCCCAUGAUUCUGGUUAUCACCAACUCGUUAGUCACUGGCUAAGAACUCAUUGUGUAACAGAACCUUAUGUAAUUGCCACGAACAGGCAACUUAGUGUGAUGCAUCCAAUCUAUAGACUAUUGGAUCCUCACCUGUGGUACACGAUGGAGAUCAAUGCUCUUGCACGAGAAGCGCUUAUCAAUGCCGAAGGCACCAUUGAGACUUGUUUUGCACCUGGAAAGUACGCCGGAGAGCUUAGCUCUGUUGCUUAUGUCGUUGAAUGGCGCUUCGACUUGCAAGCAUUGCCUGCUGACCUUAUUAGCAGAGGAAUGGCUGUUGAAGACCCAGAUGCCCCACAUGGCCUGAAGCUCACAAUUGAAGAUUACCCUUUUGCAAAUGAUGGAUUACUUCUAUGGGAUGCCAUAAAAGAAUGGGUCUCUAACUAUGUGAACCAUUACUACCCUGAUCCAAGCCAAGUAGAAUCUGAUGAAGAGCUUCAAGCAUGGUGGACAGAGAUCAGAACUAAAGGCCAUGAACACAAGAAGGAUGAACCAUGGUGGCCUGUCCUUAAAACCUCCAAAGAUCUGAUAGAAAUCAUAACAGCAAUUGUAUGGGUAACAUCUGGUCACCAUGCAGCUGUGACUUUCGGACAGUAUACUUAUGCUGGUUAUUUCCCUAACCGACCUACAAUUGCAAGAACUAAUAUCCCAACCGAAGACCCUUCUGAAGAAGAUUGGAAGAGGUUCAUGAAGAAACCAGAAACCGCACUUUUCCAGUGCUUCCCUUCAAAGCUUCAAGCAAUAAGGGUGAUGGCUGUUUUGGACAUUUUGUCUAAUCAUUCUCCGGAUGAGGGGUACCUUGGAAAGACCAUGGAGCAGUCAUGGGCUGAUGAUCCCAUAAUAAAGGCAGCGUUUGAAAGGUUUAAUGAAAGGUUGAAGAUGAUCGAAGGGAUCAUUGAUGAGAUCAAGAACCGAAAUGGAGCUGGAACCUUGCCUUAUGAGCUUUUGAAGCCCUUUUCUCCACCUGGGGUCACAGGAAAGGGUGUUCCCUAUAGCAUUUCCAUUUGAAAUCAUAUUAUU